CCCUGUUCUUAAUGCUCUGCCAUAGUGUGGUCCGCACAGUAAUCCGGGAUCGCACCGGGAAACACAUUGACAGACUACUUCAGCGAAAAAUAUUAUUGAGUAAUUUAGCGAGCUAAGUGCACAUACAUAUUAUUAAUCACAGUUUGUAGUUUAUUUCAGGCUAACAGGAACGUUUUUUGGGGGUUUCGGGGGUUAAGUUAUGAAAGAGGUGUAUAACACGGAAACGCCAUUUCGCUAGCUCAGGCUAGCCGUUUUUGUUUUGGUGUGAGGAGGAAGGGAGGCCAUUUUAGGCCGCUUUUCUUCACUGCUUUUCUUUGUAUGGUAGCUAUCUAACUUAGUCACUGGAGUUAUCACCACGGACCUGAAUGCACUGGAUGACUUGGAGGGAUAUUAGGGACUUUGCUUCGUUUCGCAUAUUUCGUCUGGAUAUUUGCCUCAGUUUUUAUCACCUUCUGGGACUCUGCGUUCGUGAAGACAGACUUGUGUUUCGAAACCAUGCAAUGGAAUUGCUCCCUCUAAUCGGACUCUGAGGGAAAGCGUCGCCCUUUAAUUUAAACGAUUUAACGCUACACCAGCGGGACUUUCUGGCAGAAAAGGCGUUGGAAAAAGCAUCCUCGAUUAUUUAAACGAUUUGGACAUUUUCCUUUGAAGCAAGUUGAAGAUUCUAUGUUGCUUUGUUGUUCAAUACUGUGACGGACUGAAAUAAUGGAAUUGGUUUGAGAUUGUCGUUUUGCAGUUGGUAAAGGUUGCAGUUUCCAAUAUUUGUGUUAAUUCGGAUAGCCUGCAUUUACCCACUUCAGUUAAGCCAUAAGGUCACGCUACAGGCAGUUAUGUCGAUAUCUAUAGCUUAGCUACGCUUAAGUAGCUAGCUAGCCAGUGGCUAAUUACAGUUCCAUCUAGUUAGCUAAGUUAGUAAAAGGGAAACUUAACUUUAAUAGUUUUGUUUUUACAUUGCUGUUCUUGUCAGGCCCAAAUUAGUGUACUUUGCUUCAAAAAUGUCUUGUGUGCAUUAUAAGUUUUCAUCCAAACUCAACUAUGACACGGUCACAUUUGAUGGCCUACAUAUCACGUUGAGUGACCUCAAGCGCCAGAUCAUGGGCCGCGAAAAACUCAAGGCUGCUGACUGCGAUUUGCAGAUAACCAACGCCCAGACGAAAGAAGAAUACACUGAUGAUGGUGCCCUCAUUCCUAAGAAUUCAUCUGUUAUCAUUCGAAGAAUACCUAUUGGAGGGGUCAAAUCUACAAGCAAAACAUUUGUCAUUGAUCGCACUGAGCCUCCAAGUGGACCUUCAAAAGCAGUAUGUAAAAAAAACCUCACACUUUUCUUCUUUAGUUUGGUGUUUGCCUCUAACCAGUGUUUACACAAUUUUUCCAGUGGAAAUUUUAGUAUGCAAUACAAAAAAUAUAUUCUGUGAAAGUUUUGGUGAUAGAAUAUUGUAACAUUGUAAAAUGUGAAUCAUUUGCUGAAUGCAUUUAAUUUCGUAUUUGCACAAUUAUUGCAACUGUAUAAAUCUUUGUGCAUGCCGGUGCUGCACUGUAUUUCAUAUUGAAAAAAAUUCUUUUAUAAAGAAUCUGUUGUACAGGUCAAUGUACGUUCAUUCAGAUCAUGUUGGAUGCCCAGUGAACAUGGUGGCGUAUUCUAAGCUUGUCUGUCUACAAGUGCUACAUCUGUAAACACUGUUUUUUAUUUUUUUGUUCUCUAAUAAAAUGUUUUGAGUCGCACCUUUUUAAUUUUACAUUGUAUUACACAGAUGGUUUUUGACUGUUCAUGUUAUAAGGAGUUUGCGAUAAGGCACAUCAGUAUUCCUAGGACCUGGGGGAAACCUACCUUGUGACAAUGUGUGUGCGUGUGUGUGUGUUUAUACUGUAUGUGCAAGAUGGAUCAGCAUUUGCUGAGGCUCAAACAACCAACGAUAUCUUAUAGGAACUCAUUUCUGUCUCACGGUGACUGGACUUGGUCAAUAUGUGCAUGUAAACAGAAUGCACUGCUAGAUCAAUGGUUUUUUGCUGCAAUGGUCAAGACAACAUUUGACUGCUUUUAAAGGUCUAAUUCACACCAGCCCAGACACACAAGCUCUGGUAUAAGCCAGAUUCUGUUCUAAUUGAAUUUCCAAAUGCUAUUCCCAUUUGAAUUUUGUUAAUUUAUUGUUGCCAAUUAUCAUUGGACAACAGAAUCUUCUGCCGACAUGAAGCAAGACUAAUUUGAAUAAGUUGCAGGUGGUGGGGGAAGUUCUUUAUGUUCAUGGAAUAAUUGGUCCCCAUAUGAGGUCAAAAUUGAGCAGAAUAUUGUGCAAUUAAAAUUUUUUUUUUGUGUGUGUGGCACUAUUUAAAUUGGUCUCCGCAGCAGGAGGAACAGUGUCAUUUGUGCACGUAGAUUUGGGCAUUAUUCUUUUCCACCACCCCUUUCUCGUCUGUCAUGCUGUUUGUUGAGCCCGGUGUGAAUUGACCUUUGUUAAUUUGUCAAUGUGGAGAAACUGCGCUGCUCCAUUGUUUGAGCCUUAGCACUUUGGAAUGACAAAGUCUGCUUCAAGUGUUGGACCUCUUCCAUAUCACUGUUGGUGUGUUUUGGGUAAAAUUGCAGUGUGUGGGACAUGUUCUUCCUCCGAACAAGUUUUGUUGUCUGGGCAUUAUCCUUUUUUUUUUUUUUUUUUCCUGUUAGAAGUAAUUUAACCCUCAAUGCUAAGUGCCUUAUAUGAAACCAUAGGUGAAGUCCAGAGUUCAGAUGGAUGUUUUCUACUGAGUAUAUUGUUGGGUUGGUUUCUGAGUAUUUGACAAGUGUACUGUUAAAACCCAGUUCACCAGUUCCAUCAGUACUCUGUACAAUGCAGAACGCAACCAUUUUUUUUUUGUCAAUAAAAUAUGUGUCUACAACUCCUGA